GCAAAGCAACGCUAUCCAGUCGCGCUCCCCUCGCACCCACCCCUUGGGUUCCUAGGUUUUGGCCAUUCUCCAGCAACCGGUGCCGUCCGCCACCGCGAUGAGCCAAUUGGCCGGGCGGUGCUCCCCGAUUCUCGGUGGAGGACCCUCCGUGAACGGCCCGAGGAGGGCAGAGAUUCGCCCCCAAAGCAGAAGGGAUCUCGCCCACUUUCGUUCGUCGCGCUUAUGGAGAGCCAUGGCCUUCAGAGAACCCUUUAAAGGAACAAUUUCAGCAGCCAGAGAUCAUUGGGAGAAAUUGUUUCUGGAUUGUUCAAGGAGAUACACUGGCAAUUUAUCUUUAUUCAACAAGACUCCUGUAAGGUUCUUUUGCAGUAUUUCAUCAUCUGGAGUACAAGAUAACAGAUUUGUUCGGCACACAUCUGAAGGUGAAACAGAACCUUCAUCAUACACAUGGCCAGAUAACCAGAGACCAAGGGUCUGCAUUUUAGGUGGUGGAUUUGGGGGCUUAUACACUGCUUUAAGAUUGGAGUCUCUUGUAUGGCCUGAUGAUAGGAAGCCUCAGGUGCUGCUUGUAGAUCAGUCUGAUCGAUUUGUUUUUAAGCCAUUGCUGUAUGAACUACUAUCUGGAGAAGUAGAUGACUGGGAAAUAGCACCGUCCUUUACAGACUUACUGAGGAACACCAGUGUGCAAUUUGUCAAGGACAGGGUUGAGCUUUUACGCCCUUUGGACCACUUAAAUCGUAUAGAAAUGAGGGAGCCUGGAAGGUCACGCUCUGGAGGAUUGGUUCAACUUGAGAGUGGGAUAAUCAUUGAAUAUGACUGGCUGGUUCUAGCUUUAGGAGCUGAAGCAAAACUUGAUGUUGUCCCAGGAUCUGCUGAAUAUGCCUUUCCUUUCUCGACCUUGGAGGAUGCUCGUAAAGUCAACAGCAAGUUAAGAAUGUUGGAACGAGAGAGGUUUGGUAAGGAUUCCCCUCCCAUACGUGUGGCUAUUGUCGGUUGUGGCUACUCUGGUGUUGAGUUAGCUGCUACCAUUUCUGAAAGACUCGAACAUAGAGGGAUAAUUCAAGCAAUCAGUGUUGAAACUGCUAUUUGUCCGAAUGCUCCACCUGGAAAUAGAGAAGCUGCAUUCAGAGUUCUUCAAUCUCGGAAGACUCAGCUUUUCUUGGGAUAUUUUGUGAGCUGCAUAAAAGAGGUUUCUGCUUCUGAAAAUUCAGUUGUGAUGACGAGAAUUGGAGAAGAAAUAAGUAUUGAUGCAAAGAAUCACCAAAAUAAAUUCAUCUUGGAACUUCAACCUGCCCAAAGAGGCCUGGAAAGUCAGAUUUUGGAAGCAGAUAUAGUGUUAUGGACAGUGGGAUCUAAGCCUUUAAUUCCUCAUCUGGAUCCAUUUGAUCAGUCCAACAUAUUUUCUUUGAAUGCUAGAGGGCAAGCAGAAACAGAUGAAACUCUCCGCGUAAGGGGUCAUCCUCGAAUAUUUGCCAUUGGUGACUCAGCAGCUUUAAGGGAUUCCUCCGGCAAGCUUCUGCCUGCCACCGCACAAGUUGCUUUUCAGCAGGCAGAUUUCGCUGGUUGGAAUCUUUGGGCAGCAAUCAAUGACAGGCCUCUAUUACCAUUCAGGUUUCAAAAUCUGGGAGAGAUGAUGACUCUUGGGAGGAAUGAUGCUGCAAUCUCACCAAGUUUCAUUGAGGGUCUCACGUUGGAGGGUCCCGUUGGGCAUGCUGGAAGGAAGAUAGCAUACCUCCUGAGACUGCCUACAGAUGAACACCGAGUAAAAGUCGGGAUAAGUUGGCUUACAAAAUCUGUUGUGGAUUCUGUUACCUCAUUGCAGAGUACUAUGACCAAACGAUCCUAGGAUGAAUCAGAAGCUUUUUGCUGCAGUUCUCAUUGUGCCAAGCAAGUUGAUGAUUCGAGGCAUGGAAUAAUAUUUUUUUCUAGUAGUAUCAGCAUCUGUGGUUCAAUAACCACAUGAAGGGAACAAUCAUACUACUAUAGCUUCUAAAACAUAUGAAACAAUAAAUCAUACUUCAUGAUGCAUCUUCAUACGUCGGACCAGAGCUAUUUGCAAGUGCGCUGUUCUCGUCAUGAUCAUUUCAUGGUUUAGGUUUUCUUUGAAUUUUUCUUGCCAACAUGGAAGACUCUAGAGUUCUUCCCGUUGGUUUUGGUGAUUUCCUUGCCAUGCUUGCAACUUUGGCAUUUACUUGCAUAUGUUACUGUAAAUUUAAUGUCAUUUUUAUAAAAUUUUCCUGUUUCUUGCAUUA